AUGAAAGAAAACGUCAUGAAAGAAAACGUCAUGAAAGAAAACGUCAUGAAAGAAAACGUCAUGAAAGAAAACGUCACAAAUGUCAAGGAAGACAACGCCACAGACAACACCAUGAUUGAAGAAAUGGACUUGGAAGCACAGAGGCCGACUGUACCAGAAACAACGACAUCUGUUUCUGGAAAAGUAAAGCACUUCUUCAAAAAAUUCUACACCACUUACAAAAAUCAAAUAGCUACCAUUCCCGCAAUACUUUACAUGAGCUGGCUUGUAUUCUACAUAACCUUCAUGUACCGAUCCCUCUACAUCACCGGAGCAUACCAUGAAAUAUGUGAGUACGACAGUUCACUAGUUUCAGAGAUGAGCAGAACUGUGAAUGCAUUGGAGAAGAUCAUCGGAGGAUCAACAAAGAACGUUGGACAGCUUUUACCAGAUCAAUGGCCCCAUGGAUUCUACACCGUGACGUAUUCUGGAGUAUGCAGAGAGAAUGAUAAUUCUGAAAAGGUGUGUUACAAAGGACCAUCACCAGAAAACCUUCUCUUAAUAGACGUCGGCGUCCAAAUUGCCGAAUUCAACAAAAUGGAAAAUCCACUUCAGUUUGGUCAAAAAUUCAUGCUUACCUACCGUGAUUUGCAAGAUAAAUUGAGGUUGGUAAAAUACAUGAAACCGUGUCCCACCACGCUGACUCACAGGGCUUGCUGGUACGAUGGCUUGACUAACGAUGAGAUUUUAUCCUUGCCUGGAAAAGUUGUAACGGGUCUGCAGCUUAUUUCUGCUUGGAUGGCCAUGACUUCUGCCGCAGUGUCUCUUAUUUUGCUCAUGAUGGGGGUUUGGAUGGUCGGCAUUGACCCAAGAGUUCCACUAUCAAUGGCUCCAGCUUUCAACAUCUUUGGGUGUGUUGUUUCAUUUUUGGCUGCAAUUCCGGGAAUGGAAGCGUUGUAUCUGACCGCUCGGUAUUUCGAUAUCAGGCUGUUUACACCGGGCCCUACAGUUCCUGUCAUUGCUUUCGUAUUGGCAAUUAUAGCAAGCGGUCACUGUUUUUGGCUUGUGUAUAGAGAGGAUACUCCCGCCACAGUAAACCCCACCGUUCCAGAGUAA